UUUUCUGUAGGAUUUUUUUCUAACCGUUGGGUCCAGAAAGAGCGAAGCAACGGGGCAAUUCCGUGAGGAGGAACGGGAGCCGAAAAUAACGGGAAAGAAGGAGCGAAACAGAAAACUCUGAGGGGGAAAACAGGACGAGACUGGAAAAUAAACCCCAGCAAGGCGAAGAGGGUCCCGAGUCGUGUAAUUUACGUUACACAUUGACAGUUUGAAUUCUCAACCGUCGUUUUUCGCUCGGCUGCAGGGAAGGAAUCGUCAUGACGACCGAAAUGCAGGAGAUCGCCAUCACGGAGGACAAGCCUUUGCUUACGGGUCAGCCGGACGCAGUGAAGGAGGCUGAGAUUGCAGCCAGAAUACUGCUGGACCAGGGGCAGGAGCACAGUAUCGAGACUCCCCAUGGUUUGCUCCACGUUACGGUGCAUGGGACAGGAAACACCCGUAGACCGGCCAUACUGACCUUCCACGAUGUAGGAAUGGAGAGUAAGAGUUGCUUCUCCACUUUCUUCAAGUUUGAGGAGAUGCAGGAGAUUGUGAAGAACUUCACCGUAGUCCAUGUGGAUGCACCAGGACAAGAGGAGGGUGCUGCCCCCUACCCUCUGGGGUACCAGUAUGCCUCCAUGGAUCAGCUUGCAGAGAUGAUUCCAGCCGUCCUGCAGUACUUCAAUUUCCGCUCUGUGAUUGGAGUGGGAGUUGGAGCAGGAGCUUAUGUCCUUUCAAGAUUCACACUGAGUAAUCCAGACUCUGUUGAAGGUCUUGUUCUGGUCAACAUUGACCCAAAUGCUCGUGGCUGGAUGGACUGGGCAGCCCAAAAGAUCAGCACGCUGACGUCCUCUCUCACCGAGCAGAUGCUCAGUCACCUCUUCAGUCAGGAGGAAACUUCGGGCAACACAGAGCUCGUUCAGUCGCACAGAGAGAGAAUCUCUAAAGCCCCCAACCUCUCCAACAUCGAGCUCUUCUGGAAGAGCUACAACAGUCGCAGGGAUCUGAACAUUGACCGCAACAGCACCCUCAAAUGUCCCGUCAUGCUGGUGGUAGGGGACCAGGCGCCGUAUGAGGAUGCUGCAGUGGAGUGCAACAGCAAACUGGACCCAACUACAACCUCGUUCCUGAAGGUAGAGCCGAUCAGAAGAGCGUUACCUGUUGACGUGGGCGGGCGGGGCACAAGGUGUCGCUAUAGGAACGCGCCUUCAGGAAAGAACACAGUUACAGCGCCUAAAUACCAGAUGACGACAUUGACUCCUCUCCGUUUUCCAUUUCUAGAUAGAGUCUCUACCAAAAAAAGGGAAAAGGGGGUCGGCUAUAGUUGUCCGAGUUGUCCGGAGCCGAGUGAAUGUAAACGCUCGUCCUCUUUUUUUUUUUUUUUUAAUCAUUUGACUCCUUUUCUCUGCAGCCACGCCCUUUUUUAAUCUUUUCUUUCUGAUGUGCUAGGUUACUGUCUUAGUGUUCUCACAGGUUAGACAUCCGUGUGCUAGUUGUUGUGUAACCUUUUCUAGCAUUAGUACUUAAAAAAAAGGGGGAUAUUAAUAUUAUUAACAAAAAAAAGUUUAAAAAUGUAUAACGAUACAAUCAAAAUUCCAUGUGUGGCUAAUUCUGUGUAAUACGAUGAACAGCUGAAACAAAUAUUAAUAAAAGGGAUACAAAUCA